AUGGGUGAGCGGUUGGCUUGGAUGCAGGCUCACAAAAACACAUUCACCAUCAGUCAUCCUUACUCUGACAUUAAAGUACAAAAGAUUUCACCUGAUUCUAAAGAGAAAGUUCAGUUGCAAAUCUUGAUGUAUGAUGGCAGUGCAAAUACCUUCCACUUUAACCACUCACAAGGCCGUGAACAACAACUCAAAGACCGAGACACAAUUAAGGAACUUCUGCAACAAUUAUUGCCUCAGUUCCGAAAAAAGGUCAGCAGUGAAUUAGAAGAAAAAAACAAACUUUUACAGGAAGAUCCUAAACUUUUCCAAUUGUAUAAAGACUUAGUAGUUAGUCAGCUUAUGACAGCUGAGGAAUUCUGGGCUAAUCAUUCAGCUAAACUCUCAAAUUUUAGUAAUGACAAAAAUCAAACAGUGGGUGUUUCUGCUGCUUUUCUGGCAGAUAUCAAACCCCAAACUGAUGGUUGCAAUGGGCUUAGAUAUAACCUCACACCAGAUAUAAUAGAAUCUAUAUUCAAGACUUAUCCUAUGGUAAAGAAAAAACAUGCUGAAUAUGUUCCACAUAAAAUGUCUGAAAAUGAAUUUUGGACCAAAUUUUUUCAAUCACAUUAUUUUCAUAGAGAUAGAAUCAACUUUAGCAGCAAAGACAUGUUCUCAGAUUGUGCAAAAAAUGAUGAUGAUGAAAUCAAGGAAGAAAUUUUCCGAAAUGUAAAUGACCCCCUGCUGGAUUUGACACAAAUUAAGGACGGGUCCCUUGAUGAAGGCUAUGGUUCUAUUACAGAAGAAAAGCGUGGUAGUGUCAAUCCAGCUAAUUUAUCUAUAAUCCGCCGUUUCAACCAUCACUCCACUAUGGUGCUCAAAACUUGUGACAUUCAACAGCAGGAACUUGAUGCUCUUGCUGCUUCCAAUGCCUCUGGAGAACCCUCCUCUUCUGCUCACCUUAAUGGUGACCAAGGUGCCAACAAAUCUAAACUGACUACUACUAAUAAUUCUUAUCAACCUGCUGAGAAAAAGGCUCGAAUUAAAGAGAAAAUUCAGUAUACUGAUCUUGAAAAUGAAAAGAAUUCUGCUGCUACCUCAUUAAGAUUAACAAAGAUGGAACGUUAUCUGCAUGGGCCAACCCCCGUAUCUGCUUCACUUUAUUCAACAGGGGAUGACAUUGUGCAGGCAGCUCAAAUUGUUCAUCAAAAAAUACCACAGUGGGUCCCAAGUCUACCUCAGGUUCUUCCUGUUCAUAUUGCUCUCAGUGUUCUUGGAGAGCUUUCACCAGGGGGCAGCUUGAUGCAGAGAACCUCUCAGCAAGACCUUCAACAAAUAAUUCCACUGCACACACAAGAAGAAUUGAGACAGACUUACAGUGCUCUGUGUGAAUUACUGAGACAUUAUUGGUCUUGCUUUCCUACAUCUUCUAAGUUUUUGGAAGAAAAGGUUGUGAAGAUGAAAGCUACUCUGGAGAGAUUCCAUGUCAAUAAAUUGAAUCCAUUCAAAGAACAGCUUCUUAACCAACAUUAUUCAGUGAAUCUCACUGGGCACAUGGAGGAAAUGUUGAGUGCCGCCUACAACAAGUUUGAUUUGUGGCAGGCAAAACGUCAAGUGAAAAGAUGA